ACACACACACACACACUAACUAUACUGCUAAAGCUUCGUCGGCAGUUUGUAAAAACUUUCAGUUCGAGACCAGAAGCCGAGUGAGAGUCUUGUCGGAGCUUCGCUGGUCAACAUUUUCCUCCCCGAUUGAACAUUUUUUAAAAAUUUCUUGCUUGCAACUGAACACCGACAAAAAUUUCGCAUCGGUGUGUUUGGUGUGAGUGAGUGAGAGUGCAUCUGUGUGAUUUGUGUGUGUGUGUGUGUGUUUUAUUUGAAAAGAGAAAAGGAUUCGUGAAUUGUCUUCAGCCAUUGGAUGGCCGGCCCAACAACUACUUCAACAGCGACCAUGAAGUGCUCUUGACGAGUCUGUUCCACUGCUGCUGGGCCACUGCUGAGAGAAAGGAGAAAAAAAGAAGUGUACGUUCAUGCCCGCCGUCGUGUGUGUGUGUGACCCCUCGAUCAAUAACUUGAGCGCCGUUGCUGCUGCUGCUCCCCCUGUUGUUUGAACAAACUCUCGCCGUCUCUCUUUCUCUUCUUCUUCUAUUUUCCUACCAUCCAACUCCAACCGACGAGUGGAUAUAAAAAUGGCGGCCUGGACUUUAGCUGCCAAUUUGCUUUUCGUUUUAUUGCGGCUGUUUGUGACGGCCGAAUCCAAGAAUGCUACAACAAACCCGACGUUGAGGAGUCUGGUCGUAGCUCAUGAUGUUCCGGCUGGAUUUAGUAUCGAUCGGUGGGCGUCCAGCUCGCCGGAAGCCGAGUACAAGCUCCUCAGGUCGCCUUUUUCUGAUCGUUUCGCAUUGGUCGACAACGGUUUGCUAAUGACGACGGCCAAACUGGACGCUCUAAUCCAUCAUCCGCAACCGUUGACGCUCUACCUGGCCGAGGACGGGCCGGCUCGUAAAUCCACCCACGCCGUUCAGGUUUACGUCGUCGAUCGGCACCAUCUCAUCCGGUUCACUAAAUCCGUUUACCGAGCCCACGUGACGGAGAAUGCUCCGGCCGGCACCCUGGUCGUCUUCCUGGACGGAUUGUCGGUCGUUGCCGAAAACGGCAGUCAAGUGAAAUUCGACAUCAUGAGCGGCGGAUCUGAUGGAUUCCGGAUUGAGAAAAUCACGGAGAGCGACGGUAACUGCACGACGAAUCACACGAGCGCCCGGCUGGUGACUCGCCGGCCACUGGAUCGUGAGCUGCAACCCGUUUACGAUUUGGUUGUGCGAGCUGUGAGUGCUCAUCCGCCCGGAACGGCUACUUGCCGUGUCAUCAUCAGCGUCGACGAUGUCAACGACAACCGGCCCAUCUUCUCUGCCCCAGAGUACCACUUUGAGGUGCCAACGACGGCCAUGAAAUACGACCGCAUCGGACGUGUCAAGGCUGUCGACGCCGACGGCGAUCACGCCAUCUUCCGACUGACAUCGGCCAGCAAUUCGUUCGUCAUGAUCCCGCAAACGGGUGAAAUCAUUUUAAUCGAUCCCCAACUGCCAUCUAGCAACCGCAGCUACGCUCUCCAAGUCACGGCUAAAGAUCGUCGUGAGCCCGGCUGGGAAACGGAGCAGCCGGCCCGGAUUUUCAUCCGCACGAAACAACAAGAAGAAGAAGAAGGAGACGUGAAAGCAGCAGAUCAACAAGAACAUCACAACUUGGUCAAACGUCGAGCGCCACGGGCCCUCCGCCCGACGAAAAGAAUCGAAUUCUCCGAAGCGGAUGGCGCGCCGGAAGGCAAAUUGAUGUUUGCCCUGGACAAACCCAGCGAGAAGGAGCGCUUCAAAGUCCGCGACGACAACCCGUGGGUGACUGUGGAGCCGAACGGCAACGUCCGAGUCAAGCGCAAAUGGGACUACGAGGAGCUGGGACCGGAGAAAACCAUCGAUUUUUGGGUGACCAUCACCAACAGCGAGGGCGGAGCCGGAAGAUACACGGACAAUCAGCGCGUGAUUGUUCAGGUGAAGGAUGUCAAUGACGAGCCGCCUUACUUCAUCAACCGGCCAUUGCCCAUGCAGGCCGUCGUCCAGCUCAAUGCACCUCCAAACACGCCCGUCUUCACCCUGCAGGCUCGCGAUCCCGACACGGACCAUAACAUCCACUACUUCCUCGUCCGAGAUAGAACCGGCGGCCGGUUUGAGGUGGAUGAACGUUCGGGCGUUGUGCGGACCCGAGGCGGUGAGCCUUUCCAGCUGGACAUGGAGUACGUCCUCUACGUCAAAGCCGAAGAUCAAAACGGCCGGCUGGAUGAGAGACGGUACCAGUCAACCCCGGAGGAGCGGCUCUCCAUUGUCGGAGGCAAACGUCCACCUCAAUUCUACAUGCCCAGCUACGAGGCUGAAAUUCCGGAAAACCAGAAAAAAGAUUCAGACAUCAUUUCGGUGAGGGCCAAAUCUUUUGCCGAAAGGGAAAUCCGCUACACGUUGAAAGCCACCGGACAAGGCGCCGGAACGUUCAAUAUCGGACCUACCACCGGCAACGUCCGGCUGGCCAAAGACCUGGACUUUGAAGAUUUACGUCAACCGCACGUCUAUCAACUCCAGGUGACGGCGACCGAAGAUUCCGGAGGAUUCUCCACAUCCGUCGAGUUGACAAUUCGCGUGACGGAUGUCAACGACAACGUACCCAAGUUCGAGCUGCCCGAUUACCAGGCCCACAACAUCGACGAAGACAUUCCCGUCGGCACGUCCAUCCUCAAAGUGAAAGCCACCGACUCUGAUUCCGGUUCCAACGCCGAAAUUGAAUAUUCCGUGUCUGACGAUCAUUUCGCCAUCGACUCGAACGGCGUCAUCAGCAACGGCAAGCAGCUGGACGCCGACAACAACAACGCUUACUACGAGUUCACCGUCACGGCCCGCGACAAAGGGGAAUCACCCAAAUCCGGCACGGCCACCGUCCGCAUCUACACCAAGAACAAGAACGACGAGGAGCCGAAAUUCUCGCAGGGCGUGUACACGCCCAACGUGGACGAGAACGCCGGGCCCAACACGCUGGUGACGACGGUCGUGGCUUCCGACAAGGACGGCGACAACGUCCGCUUUGGAUUUGUCGGCGGCGGCACCCGAUCCGGCCAGUUUGUCAUCGAGGAGCUGACGGGCGUCAUCCGCCUCCACAGCGGCGGAAUCAGUUUGGAUCGCGACAAGUACGAGCUCAACGUGACGGCCAUCGACGACGGCGCCUGCUGCGGAGGCACCGGACUGACUCACACGUCGACGGCCGUCGUGGUCGUCUUCAUCACCGACGUCAACGACAACAAGCCCGUCUUCUCCGAGUGCAGCUCCUACAGUCCCAAAAUCGAAGAAGGAGCUCCUAAUGGCAGUCCAGUCGUCCGCGUCCAGGCCACCGAUGCCGAUAAGGGCGUCAACGGCCAAGUCAAGUACUCGAUCGUCCAGCAGCCCAACCAGAAAGGCACCAAAUUCACCGUCGACGAAGAAACGGGCGAGAUCUUUACCAACAAAGUGUUUGAUCGUGAAGGAGACGAUGGUAAAUUCGUUUCGGUGACGGUCAAGGCCACCGAUCAGGGAGACCCAUCCUUGGAGGGCGUCUGCUCGUUCACCGUCGAGAUAACCGACGUCAACGAUAAUCCGCCCCUUUUCGAUCGUCAGAAAUACGUGGAGAACGUCAAACAAGACACGAACAUCGGGACAAACAUUUUACGCGUCUCGGCCUCGGACGAGGAUGCCGACAACAAUGGCGCCAUCGUCUACAAUUUGACGGCCUACAAUUCCCAGGACCUGGAAUACUUUACCAUCCUGCCCGAAUCCGGCUGGAUCGUCCUGAUCAAACCGCUCGACCGGGACAAAUUCCGGUUGCGAGUGGUGGCGGCCGAUCGAGGCGAUCCGCCGCUGUGGGCCGAAGUCGACGUCGAACUGGAUGUGGUGGAUCGCAACAACAAGCCGCCGUUGUGGGACCUGACCAACUACGGGCCCAUUUUCGUCAAGGAGAACGUGACUGUCGGCACAGUCGUCACCUCCGUUAAAGCCAGUUCGGGUAUCGAAGGCAAUCCGACCGUCUUUUAUCGGCUGAUUCGAGGCUCAACGGCUCAGACCAACAAGUACGACACGUUCUACUUGCAACAGCGGGCCGACAACGGCCAUACAUGGGCCGAUAUCAAAGUCAACCAUCCGCUGGAUUACGAGAAUAUCAAAGAAUACAAUCUGACCAUUCGUGUCGAGAACAACGGCGUCCAGCAACUGGCCAGCGAGGCCACCGUUUACAUUGUCCUGGAAGACGUCAACGACGACAUCCCGCUGUUUACCGAGCGUGAGCAAGAGACAGUGCUGGAGGGCGAACCCAUCGGUACGGGCGUGACCAGAGUCAACGCCAUCGACAAGGACGGAACUUUUCCCAACAAUCAGGUUUAUUACGGCAUCGUCGAUUCACCCCGUAACGAGGGCAAGGAUUACUUUGAAAUCAACGAGCAGACGGGCGAGAUCUUCACCAAAAUAGUGUUUGAUCGUGAGAAACAAGCGGCCUACGCCCUAGAAGUCGAAGCCAGGGACGGCGCUCCUUCGGCUCGACCCAAUAGCAACGGCCUGCCCAACACAGUGACGAAAUUCAUUCGUAUCGGAAUCGCCGAUAAGAACGACAAUCCGCCCUAUUUCGACAAGACUCACUACGAGGCCGAAGUGGACGAGAACGAAGAUAUCCAGCACACGGUGCUCACCGUCACCGCCAAAGAUCUCGACGAGUCCUCGAAAAUCCGUUACGAAAUCACUCGCGGUAACUUGGGAGGAGCUUUCGCUGUCAAGAACAUGACGGGCGCCAUUUACGUGGCCGGACCGCUCGACUACGAGACCCGCAAAAGAUACGAGCUGCGCUUGGUAGCCUCUGACAAUCUCAACGAGAACUACACGACGGUGGUCAUCCACGUCAAAGAUGUCAACGACAAUCCGCCAGUGUUCGACCGGCCCACCUACGAGGCCCAAAUCACCGAGGAAGACGAUCGCAACUUGCCUAAGCGCAUCCUACAGGUGACUGCCACUGACGGUGACAAGGAUCGCGAGCAGAACAUCGUCUAUUUCCUGACGGGUCAAGGUAUCGAUCCCGACAAUCCGGCCAACAGCAAAUUCGAUAUCAACCGAACGACGGGCGAAAUCUACGUCCUGAAACCACUGGAUCGCGAUCAGCCCAACGGACGUCCCCAAUGGCGUUUCACCGUGUUUGCCCAGGACGAGAAAGGCGAGGGACUUGUGGGUUACGCCGACGUCCAGGUCAAUUUGAAGGACAUCAACGACAAUGCGCCACUCUUCCCUCACGGCGUCUACCUGGGCAAUGUGACGGAAAACGGGACGGCCGGCAUGGUGGUCAUGACGAUGACGGCAGUCGAUUACGACGAUCCCAACGAAGGAUCCAACGCCAAAUUGACCUAUUCCAUCGAGAAGAACGUCAUUGACGAGAACACGGGCAUGCCCAUCUUUGAGAUCGAGUCGGAGACGGGAGUCAUCAAAACGGCAGUGCCCGGCCUGGAUCGUGAAAAGACGCCCGACUAUUCGAUUCAAGUGGUUGCCAUGGACGGGGGCGGACUCAAAGGAACGGGCACGGCGUCCAUUAGAGUCAAGGAUAUCAACGACAUGCCGCCACAGUUCACCAAAUCCGAAUGGUACACUGAAGUUGACGAAACGGACGGCAUCGCCUUACCCGACGCCCCCAUUCUGACUGUCACCGUUCACGAUGAAGACGAGACCAACAAAUUUCAUUACAAGGUGAUCGAGAGCAGCGGAUUCGGCGCCGAUAAGUUCACCAUGGUCCGCAACAACGACGGAACUGGUUCGCUCAAAGUCGUCCAGCCUCUCGACUACGAAGAUAAACUUCAAAGGAACGGAUUCCGUUUCAUGAUUCAAGUCAACGACAAGGGCGAGGACAAUGAUAACGACAAGUAUCACGUUGCCUAUUGCUGGGUGAACGUCAAAUUGCGUGACAUCAAUGACAACAAGCCGCUCUUUGAGAAAGCCAACAUCGAGACUUCCGUUUAUGAGAACGCUGAAGUUGGCAAGAGUUUGGAAACGUUCCGCGCCACUGAUCCGGAUCAAGGAGGCAAAAGCAAAGUUUCCUUCGCCAUCGAUCGAGCCUCGGAUCGUCGGCGUCAGUUCGCCAUCAAUCAGAACGGCACCGUCACCAUCCAGCGCCAUUUGGAUCGUGAAGACACUCCGCGUCAUCAGGUGAAGAUCCUGGCCAUCGACGACGGCGUUCCGCCCAAGACGGCAACAGCUACUUUGACAGUUAUCGUCCAGGACAUCAACGACAACGCCCCGCGGUUCCUCAAGGAUUAUCGACCGGUUCUACCCGAGCACAUGCCACCAAGAAAAGUCAUCGAGAUCCUGGCAACUGAUGAUGAUGAUCGUUCAAAAGGCAACGGACCUCCGUUCUAUUUCCGUCUAGAUCCUAACGCCGACGACGAGAUUCGAGCCUCAUUCAAAAUCGAACACGAUCCGAAGGGAGCCAACGGAGACGGAAUGGCCAUUGUUUCGUCGUUGCGGUCGUUCGAUCGGGAGCAGCAAAAAGAGUUCCACGUGCCUAUAGUCAUCAAGGAUUCAGGCAAUCCGGCCAUGUCUGGCACGUCGACGUUGACAGUUAUCAUAGGCGACGUCAACGAUAACAAAAUGCAGGCCGGCGCCAAAGACAUUUUUGUUUACAAUUACAUGGGCCAGGCGCCAGAUACGGAAGUCGGUAGGGUUUACGUCUACGAUCUCGACGAUUGGGAUCUGCCGGACAAGAAAUUCUACUGGGACACGAAGGAGCACCCGAAUUUCUCGCUCCACCAGGACACUGGCAUGUUGACUAUGCGCCACGGAACGCGGGAUGGCAAGUACCACCUCCGAUUCCGCGUCUACGACCGCAAGCACACCCAAGUCGACGUGCCGGCCAACGUCACCGUCACCGUCAGAGAAAUCACUCACGAGGCUGUCACCAGUUCGGGUUCCAUCCGCAUAGCUGGCAUCUCGGACGAAGAUUUCAUCCGCAUUUGGGAUUAUAGGACCCAAGAUAUUGUCAAGAGCAAAAUCGAUAAACUGCGUGAUAAACUGGCCCAGCUUCUGGCUAUCGAUCGGGAAAAUGUGGAUAUUUUUAGCGUCCAGUUACGUCAACAACGUCCCCCCAUUACGGAUGUCCGCUUCUCUGCCCACGGCUCUCCCUAUUACAAACCCAUCAAACUUAACGGCAUUGUCCUCCAGCAUAGAGAAGAGAUCGAAGCUGAAGUGGGCAUCAACAUCACAAUGGUGGGCAUUAACGAGUGCUUGAAGGAGAAUCAAGCCUGCGAAGGAUCUUGUACAAAUAUUAUGGAAGUCAGCACUUUGCCGUACCUGAUCAAUGCCAACAAAACGGCCCUCGUAGGCGUGCGGAUCGAUAUCCAACCAGAGUGCACUUGUGGUGCCCGUAAUUUCACUCGCGAUGAAAGCUGCCGGAAUAAUCCAUGCCACAAUGGCGGAAGAUGCGUCGAAGGCCGUUAUGGUGUCACAUGUCAAUGUCCAAGUGGCUACGACGGACCUCGUUGUCAGCAAACUACCCGCACUUUCCGCGGCAGUGGUUGGGCUUGGUAUCCGGCGUUGGAAAUGUGCGAAAAUUCCCAUCUCAGUAUCGAGUUCCUCGCUAAGAAACCGGACGGAACUCUGCUCUACAACGGACCGAUGGUGCCACCGGAAUCGGAGGAAACUCUCAUUUCAGAUUUCAUCGCUUUGGAAUUGGAGUCGGGUAAUCCGAGAUUGUUGAUUGAUUUCGGCUCCGGAACGCUGGAACUCAAAAUCAAAUUGAACAAGACGACGCAUCGUUUGGAUGAUGGCGACUGGCAUCGUCUUGACAUUUUCUGGGACACGGAGAAUGUCCGGAUGGUGUUGGAUCUCUGUCGCUACGCCACCAUCUACGAGCCGGAAGACGGAACUGCUUCCAUCUUCAACACUUCUGCCUGCGAAGUCAAGGGGGUUAUCCCGCCGUUCAACGAAUACCUGGACGUCAGUUCGCCAUUGCAAAUCGGUGGUGUCUCACACGCUUCUCUCGAUCCGUCUCAAUUCCGUUGGGAUCAUCUUCCGCACGGAAAAGGUUUCAGCGGCUGCAUCCGUAAUUUCAUUCACAACAGCAAGAUCUACGAUCUGGCAGAACCCGGAAUGUGGCAGGGAAGUCAGCCUGGAUGCGCUCCGCUGGAUGAGCUUUGCUCCGGAAACGAAAUUUCCGGAACUGGCGUCACUUCCUUUGGUCGACCGACUUCAUCCGGCUGCGGUGAACACGGAAGCUGCGUCGGGUCCUUAUCCGAGCCGCGUUGUGAAUGUCGUCCAGGUUGGACCGGACCGGGUUGUAACCAGGAAACCAUUCCGGCUACUUUCAAUCCUCAGAGCUACGUCAAAUACGCUCUGUCCUUCGAACCGGUUAGUUUCAUCACGGCCAUCCAGCUGCGUUUCAGGACGAGAGAGGAGCACGGAGAACUGUUCCGGGUUUCUGACCAACACGCCCGCGAAUACGGAAUUCUGGAAAUCAAGGACGGCAGAUUGCGAUUCCGCUUCAAUUUGAACAGCUUGAGAACGGAAGAGAAAGAUUUGUGGUUGACGUCCAUCACCGUCAACGACGGCCAAUGGCACACGGUCAAAGUGAGUCGUUUCGGAUCGGCCGCCAUGUUGGAACUGGACGGUGGAGAAGGCCGCCGUUACAACGAAACCUUCAUCUUCGAGGGCCACCAGUACAUGCAAGUCGAUAAGCAGGAGGGUGUCUACGCUGGAGGCAAGGCGGAAUACACUGGCGUCCGCUCGUACGAAGUUUACGGCGAUUACCAGAAAGGCUGUUUGGAUGACAUCCGUUUGGAAUCGAAACCUCUUCCGUUGCCUCCAGCCCUGAAUGGAACCCAAUGGGGUCAGGCGACAACUUCGCACGGUGUCCGUCGUAAUUGCCCGUCCAACAAUCCAUGCUCCAACGUCAUCUGCCCACUUCCAUUCGAAUGCAAUGACUUGUGGAUGGACUACGAGUGCAGUUGUCCUGCUGGUCAGAGUAAAUACGGAAGUAGUUGCCGCGACGUGGACGAAUGCGCUUGGCGGCCGUGUCGCCGUUUCGGCUCGACCUGCGUCAAUUACCAAGAUGAGCGCGGCUACGAAUGCAUUUGCCCGCUCGGCUACAUGGGCAAACAUUGCGACCUGGAAGUGAUGACGAGCGCCACCAUCACCACCUCCACUGAUUUCAUCAUUGCUAUCAUCGCUUGUCUCGCCACCCUCCUCCUUAUGGUGCUGAUUUACGUGGUGUACAGCCGUCGAAGGGAAUCUACAGUUCGUUACGCCGGUCCCGAUGACGACGUCCGUGAAAACAUCAUCAAUUACGAAGAUGAAGGCGGCGGCGAAGAUGACAUGACGGCCUACGAUAUCACGCCGCUCCAAAUUCCCAUCGGCGGCCAUGGAUUGGGACUCGGCUACGACACCAUGAAAGGAGGCAAAAUUCCAUACCACUCUCCAGCGCCAAUGAUGAUGAGCGGCGAGCCGAAUGUCGGUGUCUUCAUCGACGAUCACAAGCGAAGAGCCGACACGGACUUGAACGCUCCGCCCUACGAUGAUUUGCGCAACUACGCUUACGAAGGAGGCGGUAGUACAGCCGGAUCCUUAUCUUCUCUAGCGUCUGAGGACGACGAGCAGGAUUUCGAUCAUCUUAACGGCUGGGGUACGCGGUUCCAGAAGUUGGCCGACAUGUACGGCGAGGGCGACAGUGAAGAGGAAGAGGAGGAAGAAGAAGAGGACAUUCAUUAAAGAAAGAAACCAAAAUAAGAAAGAAAAAGAGUCAGACGAAAAGCUGUGCCCUCUCACCCCUUUUUCAGCACUGCGCUCAAGCUGAUUCCAUUCCUAUCGUCUUAUUCUUUUGUUUUCCUCCCCCCAGUCUCUUGAAAAAGAAGAAGAAGAAAAGAAACCACCACCUAUGAGGCCAGCCCUUGAAGAUGGCGUCCUCACUUUUGUCAACAAUCUGGUCAAAUAAUUUUUUCAAUGUGUGAAAAACAUUCCAAAGGAAAGGAAAAAUGCGAGAAAAAACGGACUCUCUGCGAAGUCCGUCGCGUUCAGCGGCUUGGCUGCUCAAUUUUUCUAGAUUUCAAAACAAACAAACAAAAAAGACAAUUAAACAAAAAAAAAUUUAAGAAUAAUAAUUAGUAAAUAUUUUAGAGGAACAAGAGGAAAAAGAAAAAAUUCGCGGAUCCAGCGGAUGUUUUUUUUUUUUAAUUCUAUAUCUGCCGUUUCCCGGAAAAUUUAUGAUUUUAAAAAAAAAAGAAUUUCGUGCUGUAGGUUAUGUUUUGACGAUGUUUCACUCACACACACAAGUUUUCACGCCGACACUGUCCUACUGUUUUUAUCUCUCCCUCACCUUCGAUAGAUUUUCUAUUUCAAAUGUUGCCAAUUUUUUUUGAGAAGAUGUGUGCAUAUGAAAAAGUGUCACUUUUUUUGUUUUGUUUGGGUUCAUUUGGACAAUACUCGUACUCGCUUCCCACUCGCCAGUUGCCACUCAUUUGAUUGAGUUGUAUUUUAUUAGGGAAUUCAUUUGUUUUCUUAAUUCGUAAAAAAACAAAAACAACAAGAGUGCUAUCGCCAUUCUCGGUCGGACCCUACUUUUAUUUUUUCGUCUCGUCUCACUUAUACUCUAUAAUAAUUACCGUUCCUAAACCCAGCGAAGAAAGUUAAAUAAUUAUGUGAAAGAAGUAGAUUUACCCCCCAAAAAUUCUUCUGAUUGAUCGACUCUUUUUUGUUUUUUUUUCUAAAUAAUCAUUCGAUUCAUUGUAUCAAUGUUUGUUUAUCUGGGUGGGGAUGAAAGUGUGUCUUGUGCAUUCUUUUGUUUUAUUAUUGCAUGAUCUCAGUCGUUAUGGUACCGAGUGCCGAUAAUGUGCGAGCCAAAAAUGAGAGACAUGAAAAGACGCGAGCGGAGAUUCACUGCCAUAUACAUAAGACGAAUCAUUUUCUUUUCUUUCGGAUUUAAAAACAAAACUUUGCUGACCAUUUUAACUCUCCUCUGGGCAGUAUUUGAAGAAAAAAAAAAUAAUCAUUUUGUUUUCAUUAUAUUUAUAAUAUCGAUCCAGGCGACUCCCUGCUCUUUCCUAUUUCAAUCCAAUAAUUCGACCAGUCGUUUUUCAAUCAUUU